GAAAAGAGGUUUUAAAGAGAGAAAUGUGAAGCAGAGAGAGAAAGAAGAGUGAGAGCGGAAGAACUGAAGAAGAAGAAGAAGAAGAAAAGAAUGGGUGAGUUCGUUACAAAGCACUGGGAGGGCUUCAAGGAUUUCUGGGGCGAAAGGUUCUCCUUCCUCGAUCACUAUUCCAAGUUCAUGAAGCGUGACAAGCCUCUUCCCUCUUGGUCCGACUCUGAUGUCGAAGCUUUCAUUGCUUCUGAUCCCAUUCACGGCCCCGCUCUGAAGACAGCUAGGGAAGCAGCGAAAUUUGCCGUUACAGGAAGUGCUAUUGGAGCUGUAUCAACUGCUGGAUUUGCAUGGAAAUAUUCAAGGAGCUUGCAUGGUUCUGGACUGGCUUUUUUGGCUGGAGGUGUCUUUGGUUGGACAUUUGGACAGGAAAUUGCAAACCACUCGCUUCAACUUUACAGGUUUGACACCUUGGCUGCACAAACUAAGUUCUUGGAAUGGUGGGAAGACAAGAGUGAGCGACGGUCUUAAACAUAGCUUGCUUUGCAAUAAUCAUGUUCCAUUUCUACAAUAAGUAUUGAGCACAGUUGUGUUAAAAAAAAGUGUAGUGGAUAAAGGAUUGCAUGGAAUUUUUCCAUGUUUAUGUUGAAUUGGGGGCUGAAUCCCCCUAUGUUUGUGUUAAACAUAGCAUCAACUGUUAUGUUGGGUUUUAUUUUCAGCUCGAGGAAUUUUUUGAUGCUUUCACAAAAUCAAUUAAUAAACCGGAACAUUUUGGAA